GUUAAGCCCAACAGGAAACACUCCCGUUGACCCAACGUUGCUUUGUGGGUAGCAGGAAAAAGGCUCAAAAAGCGCUGUGAUAGCGACAGGCGCACGUUGCAGAGUUACUACUGCAGAAACAACAAGAAAUUAAAAUCUUUUUCAGACAAACUCCAGGAAGACGGUUAAAAAAUGUCCAUCGGCGUGCCAAUCAAGGUCCUGCAUGAGGCAGAGGGACACAUUGUGACCUGUGAGACCAACACUGGAGAGGUGUACAGAGGCAAGCUGAUUGAAGCUGAGGACAACAUGAACUGCCAGAUGUCCAACAUUACCGUGACCUAUCGCGAUGGUCGGGUUGCGCAGUUGGAACAGGUCUACAUCCGAGGAAGCAAGAUCCGCUUUCUGAUCUUACCUGACAUGUUAAAGAAUGCUCCAAUGUUAAAGAGUAUGAAGAACAAGAACCAGGGAUCUGGUGCAGGAAGAGGAAAGGCGGCUAUUCUAAAAGCGCAAGUGGCGGCAAGAGGGCGAGGUCGUGGUGGAAUUGGAAGAGGCAACAUCUUUCAAAAGAGGCGAUAACUUUCCUUCUAAUUUUUGUUGUUUCAUUUGGUCUUCUUUGGGUUUGAAAUGGUUUGGUAUUCUUUAGUAUUUUGUGCUUUUGCCAUUCAUCUCUUUGAUUUUAUUUUGUAUGGAAAUAAACAUCUUUCAGUUGACAAUU